AUGGCGCUGAUGAGCCUUGGUGCCGCCGUGCACUCCUACUUCUCCACGCCCACCGCGCCGCCGCGUCCCCGAAGAUGUAUCCUGCCGUUUCGCGCCGCCGCCUCCCCUGCGGCGCUGGACCGCCGGCGACGGCCGCAGAAUGUGGCCGGCGACUUCUUCGUCGAUCACCGCUGCAUCGAUUGCCAGACCUGCCGAUGGAUGGCGCCGGAGGUGUUCAAGAGGGUGGAUGGCAAGGCCGCCGUAGCGGCGCAGCCCAGCUCCGAGGAGGAGAGGACCAAGGCCCUGCAGGCGCUGCUCUCCUGUCCAACAUCCUCAAUUCACACAGAGAAACCUCCAAAAGACAUCCUUCAAGUGCAAAACAUGUUUCCUCUACCAAUCGACGACAAACUACUCCCAGGCGUUUAUCUCUGUGGGUACAAUUCUGAAGACUCAUAUGGGGCAACAUCUUACCUGGUAAUUCAUCCACAAGGAAACAUACUGAUUGACAGCCCAAGGUAUACUCCAAAGCUGGCCAACAAUAUUGAAAAGCUUGGUGGAGUGCGCUACAUGUUUUUGACCCACAUUGAUGAUGUGGCGGAUCACAGGAAGUGGGCUGAGCAGAUAAAAUGUGAAAGAAUAAUUCAUUCAGGAGAUGUGGAGGAGGCUACUGCAGAUGUUGAAUGGAAACUUGAAGGAAAUGGGCCAUGGAACAUAGGAACAGAUUUUGAACUUAUCCAUACGCCAGGCCAUACCCCAGGCUCGGUCUGCUUGUAUUACAAACCGCUAAAGGUGCUUUUCACUGGAGACCAUGUUGCAAAGUCAGAAGAAUCAGACGACCUGAAUCUCUUUCUAAUGUACAGCAAGCAGUCAGUGAGCCUUCAGCUGGAAAGCAUCAGGAAACUAUUGGAGGUAGAGUUCGAGUGGCUUUUACCUGGGCAUGGCUAUCGAAUCAAGUACAAAGAUGUGCAGGCCAAGAAUGCAGCCAUGGAGUCCCUCCUAGCUAACUACACAAGCUAG